AUGCUAAAAUUGAUUACUAGAGGAUAUCAAUUUGCAAGACAAACAAAAUAAGCAAAGCAAAAUAAAUAAACUUAGGAAAAUAAAGAAAGUGAUGAGAAAAUGAAAAAAAUGCAACAACUAAUCCUUAAACUUCUGAUGCUUUAGAUAAAUACAUAGACUCUUUUGGCAAUAGCUCUUUUUCAAGUCUUAUAACCAAAAUUUCAAAAGAUAUAACUUCAGAGCAUAGCCAUUUUUAAUCAAGCCUAACAAAAUAAAGAUUUAAGGUCAUUAGUGAAAGAUAAAAAUUCUGAAUUCAUGAAACAAGUUUUAGAAUUAUAGAAUAGUAUAGCUCCCAAUACAAUUAUAAAUAAUGAUGAAAAAUCAUCAUCCUAAGUGAAAUAAAAGAAGAAGAAAUGA